AUGAUAGAUACAUUUACUUCACAUGAAAAAUCUACAUUCCAAAAUAAUAAUAAUAAUAUUGUAAAGGAAGAAAAACGGUGCGGUAUUAGCGGUAAAGAUAAAAAAGCUAAGUCACAUAGUAAACGCACUGAAGUAGGUAUUAAAUAUGUUGGCUGUAAUAUGUUAGAAAGUAAUUGGAAUAAAUGGAAUGAUUUGGCAUUCCAUCGAGGUGGUCAUUGGACAAAUUUUUAG